CUGCCCAAUGACUAGCUCCCUUCCCUAUUUCCCUUCCUUUCUUCAGCCCGGACUCCCUCCGGCCCAGCCCCUUCCCCGCUUUCUCUCUCUUGACUUUCCGUUCUUCAUCCCUGCCGUCUCCCAACCCUGGAGCUGUCCACUUCAGCACCUUCCGCAGCGACGCGUUAACUCUGCCCCGGGAGCUGUCCACUUCAGCACCUUCCGCAGCGACGCGUUAACUCUGCCCCGGGAGCUGUCCACUUCACACCUUCCACAGCGACGCGUUAACUCUGCCCCGGGAGCUGUCCACUUCAGCACCUUCCGUACAGAUGGUCUAACUCUGCCUUGGGAGCUGUCCACUUCAGCACCCUCCGUACAGAUGGUCUAACUCUGCCCCUGGGAGCUGUCCACUUCAGCACUCUCCGUAGCGAUGGUCUAACUCUGCAGGGGACCCACGGCUCUCUCUGAAGUCCUCCUCCCUCCAUUGCUCGCUGGCCGGCUCCGGGGGCUGGGGGACUUCUCUUGUCUCCUGCCUCCGGCCCUAACUCUCCUUCUCCCACCAUGACUGUCAUGGCUGGGGACAACCCGGACGAAACCUUGGCUUUGCCAGGCCACCCUCAGGACAGCUAUCGGCCUGGGUCUCACGAGGACCACGAGUGCUGUGAGCGGGUGGUGAUUAACAUUGCUGGCCUGAGGUUUGAGACGCAGCUGAAAACCCUGGCUCAGUUCCCCAACACUUUACUGGGGAACCCCAAGAAACGCAUGAGGUACUUUGACCCACUGAGGAACGAGUAUUUCUUUGACCGGAAUCGGCCAAGCUUCGAUGCCAUCCUCUAUUACUAUCAGUCUGGGGGAAGGCUUCGCCGGCCGGUCAACGUCCCUCUGGACAUGUUCUCCGAGGAGAUCAAGUUUUACGAGCUGGGGGAAGAGGCCAUGGAAAAAUUCCGGGAGGAUGAAGGUUUCAUUAAAGAGGAAGAGCGACCCCUCCCUGAGAAAGAAUAUCAAAGGCAGCUUUGGCUGCUCUUCGAAUACCCCGAAAGCUCUGGGCCGGCCCGGGUGAUCGCCAUCGUCUCCGUCAUGGUGAUCUUAAUCUCCAUCGUCAUCUUUUGCCUGGAAACCCUGCCAGUCUUAAAGGACCAGGAGAAGGACUUUGAGCUCCACAAGCGUAUGGACAACUCCACCGUCUUUCGCAAACCCAACAUCUUCACGGACCCCUUCUUCGUGGUGGAAACUCUAUGCAUCAUCUGGUUUUCCUUCGAGUUGGUGGUGCGCUUCAUCGCCUGCCCAAGCAAGGCCGAGUUCUUCAAGAACAUCAUGAAUUUCAUAGACAUAGUGGCCAUUAUCCCUUACUUCAUCACUCUGGGCACAGAGAUGGCGGAGCGGAAGGGCCCCCCCAAAGGAGAACAGGCCACUUCUCUGGCCAUCCUGAGGGUCAUCCGAUUGGUAAGAGUCUUUCGCAUCUUCAAACUCUCCAGGCACUCCAAAGGCCUCCAGAUUCUGGGACAGACCCUCAAGGCGAGCAUGAGGGAGUUAGGCUUGCUAAUCUUUUUCCUUUUCAUUGGGGUGAUUUUGUUCUCCAGCGCAGUGUACUUUGCUGAAGCUGAGGAAAAUGGGACUUCUUUUGAGAGCAUCCCCGAAGCUUUCUGGUGGGCAGUGAUAUCCAUGACCACCGUAGGAUAUGGUGACAUGUACCCUGUGACAAUUGGAGGCAAAAUCGUGGGCUCCUUGUGUGCCAUUGCUGGUGUGCUGACAAUUGCCCUGCCUGUACCUGUCAUUGUGUCCAACUUCAACUACUUCUACCACCGAGAAACAGAAGGGGAAGAACAGGCUCAAUUGCUUAAAGUUAGCUCUCCUAACUUAGCCUCUGACUCAAACCUGAGUCGCCGUAGCUCCUCCAGCAUCAACAAGUCUGAGUAUAUGGAAAUUCAGGAGGAUGUGAAUAAUAGCCUAGACAAUUUUAGGGACGCCACUCUCAGAACUGGCAACUACACCUUAACCAAUCAGAACUGUGUCAAUAAAACCAAGCUGCUUACCGAUGUUUAGGCCAUGUAGGGAAGGGGGAGGGGAACCCCCCCCACACACACCUUGGUAGCUUGGAAAUGUUAAAGGGAUGAUUGCCCCCCCCUCUUUGUAGAUGCUUGAUGAAUAUGCCUUUGAAUGCUUGACCUCGGCUGCGUUGCAAAUUUUGCUCAGCGCCCUCAAGAAGCGUUCAGGAUCCCAUGAAUGAGAGUCACAAUUUUGGGGUUGUGUUUUAUUUUGGGUGUGGGGGGGGGGGAGGAUGGAAGAGGAUUUCCUUUUCAAAAGUUAUUUUCCAGUGGGUAUGAAUAGUUAAUGAUCAUCCAUCGGACUAGUCUAGUUAGAAAUAAGUACGAUAUGCUUCUAGCCCUAGAAUCCUUUGCUUUACUUCUUCUUCUUUUUUUUUUUUUUUGGUUCGUUCACUUUGAUUUUUAACAAUCCCCCCCGGAGAGGACUUUUAACAAAUAUGCAUGGAAUACAGGAAAAGUUUCUAUUUAAGACGAAAACAGCAACAACAACAACAACAACAAAACCCUGCACAAUGCAUCCCAAAACACGCAUCCAAUACUCUUUUGAGCAGUAAAAUAAUGGGCAGUAAAUAGUUGCCUUAGGAGGAUCGACUUAAUCUAGUUCCUUGGCAAAAGGUUUUGUAGGUCUGGUGUACGGAUCUACGCACAGCACUUUACAAAAAAAUAUGCCAGGUCAUUCUGGGUUUGCGGGACACCCUUUUGAGGGAUCCUUCUCCCAGGGCUUGGGGUUUUUUGGGGGGGGGUACAAAAUAUCUGCAGUGCUGCUAAGGGGUCUUCAAGGGGCCAAAGAGCCCCUCUUCUCCAGAACUGGAUGCAAAUGUUUGUAGCUUCUCUCUAGCAAGACAGCACAAUAGAAUUUAAUAGAAGCAUGUGGACUUUGAUACUUCUCUGUUUUAUAACUAACUGCAUGCCUUGGCCCAUUACCUCAGAAAUUAAGGAAUAGGCUUUUGUUUCGACCCACCUCCUUUUAAGAUAGGCCUGUCUUUCUUUCUUUCUUUCUUUUUGGUUUCAAUUUGCAUUCACCAAAAGUGCACUCCUUUUUUUUUAAUUUACGAAGUAUCUAAUUAGUAACCGAAAAGUACUGUUAUCUAAGUGCAUAUGUUAGUCAACUGGGUAUAACAACUUUUGGAGAAUCAAAGCAUGUUAAAAUAUUCCGCAUUAUGGCCUCUUUGACGAAAGGCACAGCUCCAAUUAAUUAAUGCAUGAGUUUGGUAAAACAAAAACAACAACAACAACAAAAAAAAGAGAAAAAUUUCUUUCCGUUUGUUUGUUUAAUCGCUUUAUCGGGACCGAAGGGCCGGGAAGCUCUCAUUACAUAGUCUCAAUUAUUUUCCUGUGUUUUACUCAGGGAAUUUAGUUGGCUUCUGCCGGGGCCUGGCUGGAAAGGAACCGACUCCAGCCCUUAAAGGGAAAAAAAAAAAAAAAAAAACUACGGAAAUUUAAAGGUCAGUUUAUAUACAUAGCAAUGCCUAAAUGAGUCUGUAAAUCAGGAAACAACACGCAACAACAACAAAAAAAGGUGCAGAAGCAUGCCUUUUGGUGCAUUCUUACAAUGUAAAAUAAUAAUAAUAACAAUAAUAAUAAUAAAAAAAA